CUGUUCUAUACAAAUACAAUAGAACUCUUCUCUCCGUCUCUCGGCUUCUCCGUUUUCGAGGGAAGGAAAUCGUUCUCUCUUUGGCGGGACAAAGCGGUAUUUUUCAAAACCAGUAUUGCUGAGAACAGGAAAAAGUGUUUUUCCGACCUUUGGAACUCGGGUUUUCGAUAUGUCUGAGACGAAAAACGAUACGGAUAGCGAUCGAGACACUCCUCCUGACGAACUGCGUUGCAAACGUAGCGACGGGAAGAUAUGGCGAUGCAAGAACUGGAAAAUUCAGGGAAAGUCUCUCUGCCAAGAGCAUUACUUGAAGAUGCAGACGCGUGCGCUUGAGAGGAAAAAGGAGUCCCAUAAAGCGAAGAAUAAGCGGGGGAACCGGAAUUUUUCGAAGAAGAGGGGGCGAGGGAAAGACGGUUUUGAGAGUGAAGAAGAAAGCAAUGAGGAGUUUGCGGUGGAGGGAAAGAAACGACGGAAGAAGAAGAAGAGUGAGGCUUCUGAUAGGUCGGUUAACAUUGGAAGAACCUUGAAGGUGGAAAUCGAUUCUACGAAGAAAAAGAAAAUGGUGAGACGGAAGAGGGUAGUGAAGCGUGAAGUUUCGGAGCAGGAGGAGGAUGGGGAUUUUGUGGAUACAAGAAGGACGGAUUCUUCUUCAGCUAGGGCUUCAAACGGUUUGAAGAGGCGUGGUUUGGGUUGGGGGAAGAGAAUUGCAACUGCGAACCUAAAAGGUGAAGUUUCGGAGGAGGAAAUGGGGCCAGAGAGGAGAAAUAAUAAGUUUAGUGGGAGGAAAAUGGCACUGGCGAAGGUGAAGCAAGAGGUUUUGGAUGAGGGGGAGAGGGAGUUCGGGGGUUCGAAUUCGGCUAGGGUUUUGAGUGGUGGAAGUGGUCUUGGGACAGAGACGACAAUGAGAUUACGGAAAAGGACAGUGGAGAAUAUGGAGAUGAUGAAACACGUAGGGCUGGGGAGCGGAAAGAAGAGAAAUCAAUAUGGCAUUGAUGCAGACUCUUCUAUGUGCCAUCAAUGCCAGAGGAGUGAUAAAGAAAGGGUUGUUUGGUGCAAGGGCUGUAACAGGAAGCGAUAUUGUGUUCCCUGCAUACAGAGAUGGUAUCCUCAAUUGUCAGAGGAAGCAAUUGAAAAAUGUUGCCCGUUUUGUCGUGGAAAUUGCAACUGUAAAGCAUGCUUACGUAAAGAUAAAAUGUGUAAGGGGCUGGAGAUCUCAGAUGUGAUGGUGAAUGAAGAUGAACAAAGUAUACACUUGAGAUAUUUGUUAGAUGCACUUCUUCCAUUUCUGAAACAGUUCGAUAAAGAGCAAAUGAUGGAAAGGGAGAUUGAAGCUAGGAUUCAAGGGUUAGCUCCAUCAGAGAUGAAAAUCCAAAAGGCAAUUUUUUAUAGCGAUGAGCGAGCAUACUGCAACAACUGCAGAACUUCUAUUUUUGACUUUCACAGAAGCUGUCCAAAAUGUUCGUAUGACCUUUGCCUUACUUGUUGUCGCGAGAUUCGCGAGGAGUGCCUGCAGGGAGCUGGUGAGGAAGUAGUCAUCCAAUAUUGUGAUAAAGGGAUUGAUUAUGUGCACGGUGGAGACCCCUCUCUCAAGUUGUCAACUGUAAAACAAUUUUCAGGUUUACAUGCUGAGACAAGCUCAAAAGAUAGUGCUGGGCAAGAAUCUGUAUGGAAGGCAGAGGAAAAUGGUAGCGUCCCUUGUCCUCCAACCGCAAUGGGUGGUUGUGGUUGUGGCUACCUGGAGCUCAGAUGUUUGUUUGAAGAGAAUUUUGUUUCAGAAUUAGUAAAAAAAGCAGAAGAAAUGGCUGGAAAGCACAAAAGUGUUGAUGCAUGUGGAUCAUCUACACAAUGGUGCACUUGUUUAAAUGUGGCUGGGAAGAUUGGUCUUGAUAGCAAGAGUUCACUAAAGGCUGCUUCCCGAAUGGAUUCAGAUGACAACUACUUAUACUGUCCAUCAGCAAGAAAAAUUCAACACGGGGAACUGGAACACUUCCAGAGUCAUUGGAUCAAGGGUGAGCCAGUAAUUGUUCGUGAUGCGCUUGAGUUUACAUCUGGCUUGAGUUGGGAGCCAAUGGUUAUGUGGCGUGCAUUUCGUGAGAUUACGAACACCAAGCGUUCCACACAUUUGGCUGUGACAGCCAUUGAUUGCCUUGAUUGGUGUGAGGUUGAGAUUAAUAUUCAUAAGUUCUUCACUGGGUAUUCAGAGGGGCGAAGCCAUUAUAAUUUAUGGCCUGAGAUGCUCAAGCUGAAAGACUGGCCUCCAUCUAAUUUCUUCGAUGAACGCUUACCACGUCAUGGUGCUGAGUUUGUCAGUGCUCUGCCUUUUCAGCAAUAUACACAUCCAAAGCACGGCAUACUUAAUCUUGCCGUAAAAUUGCCAAAGGAUGUUCUGAAACCGGACCUGGGACCAAAGACAUAUAUUGCUUAUGGAAUUGCUGAAGAACUAGGCCGUGGGGACUCUGUCACCAAGCUUCACUGUGACAUGUCUGAUGCGGUGAAUGUUUUGACACAUACUGCAGAAGUGGUUCUGACCCCUCGGCAACAUGGUAGAAUAGAAAUGUUGAAAAAGAAGCACAGGGCCCAGGACCAGAAAGAACUAGCUGAAGUUGUGAGGAUUGAGGAAAACAAAGAGAAAUCUACUUCUGAGACAGCUGGCAUUGAACAGUGCAGUGAUGCACUUGAUGAACAAAGAAGUUGUAUUGGUGUUGAUAUGAAACACAUUGUCAACAUGAAUGAAGUUCCAAAAGAAGAUCAAAAGGCUGAAAAUUUUGGUGUCAGGGGUGCAAGAUCCCCCAAUUUUGGUGCUAUAAUUGAUGAAAAUUCUGAUUUAACUGAUCAGCAUGACUUAGAAAAUGAGGGUACUAGGUUAAGUGACAAGCAGUUUUGUGAGGGAAAAAAGCAGGAAUCGAGGAAUCUCACACUCUCUCAGGGUUCCAUGGUGGAAGCUACCAUUUCCUAUAUUCUUCCAGAAGAUGAUAAGCCCUAUGAUAGCAGCAUGGCUGUGGAGGAAAAUAAUAUGCAUGGGCUAGAUGAUGAUGUAGCAGAAGAUACUAAAAAUAUGAAGACAAGAAAAUGUUUUGGCGGUAGAAAGAGGAAAUCUAGGAAAUUUCGUUCAGGUUUUUUUGGCAACAAGUCAAAAAACUUGGGCAUUGAGGUUGGUUCUAGAGAACAGUCAAGUAGGGAGGAUGCUGGUGAUAAUCAAGGACAAGAUGAGGACAGGACACAGUUAGAGGGCAGUAUGGUUUCAUCUGAUGCCGAAGUUUUAGCUAAUGAAACACUUCCAGUUGAUAAGUUGGAAGGAGAAAAGAACUCACCAAGGUUCACUGUGGAGGAUGAUGAUGGAAGACAUGACACAUUUUCUGCAAACAAGUUGGAGGUGCUAAAAUAUGCCGAAGGUGGUGCUCUUUGGGACAUUUUCCGGAGACAAGAUGUUCCUAAGCUGGAGAAAUAUCUUAAGAAGCACUGCAGGGAAUUCAGACACAUACAUUGUAAUCAAGUAGAGAAGGUUGUUCACCCCAUUCAUGACCAGAGUUUCUACUUGACUUCAGAACAUAAAAGGAAACUCAAGGAGGAAUUUGGUAUUGAACCGUGGACAUUUGUGCAAAAACUUGGAGAGGCAGUUUUUAUUCCAGCUGGAUGUCCUCAUCAAGUUAGGAAUCUCAAGUCAUGUAUAAAGGUUGCUCUGGACUUUGUUUCACCUGAAAAUGUCCAUGAAUGCAUCCGUUUGACGGAGGAGUUCCGUACACUUCCUCAGAAUCACAGGGCAAAAGAAGACAAGCUUGAGGUAAAGAGAAUGACUCUCCAUGCAAUAAGGAAAACAGUGGAAGAUUUGGAGCAGCUUACAAAGCCCAAGUCAACUAAUGAAGACCAGAAGCUUAUGAAGACUGAAGAGCUAUUCAACUCAGACCCACGUCAACCAUUGCCAUCCCCAGCUCCAUCUGCUUCACUCCCUUUGGAGCAAGUUGAUUGCGCUGAUGAACCAAGCUGUCAAAACUGAACCUGUAAUGUAAUUGAAGAUUAUCAUCUUUAGAUGUCCUAAACUUGGCCUUUGUGGAGCUGUUAUUUGCAUGCAUUAUUACAGGCAGUUUUUUGUUGCUUCUGGAUGUUCGUCCUUCGCCUUUUUGAAGACAGCGACUGAUUUUUUGCAACAUCUAUUUGCCGCUUGCAAACAAAAGGGUGUUGUGUUAAUUUUAAUGUUUUUAUCAAAAUGGCAUAUAUAAAAGUGUCGUGUAUAUCCAUUAUCUAUCUGUGCGUCUAUUCAUACCAUUGAGUGAAUAUAUCUCAUUAGCCUUUCUUCA